CGAGAAUUGAGAAGCCCCGCAAGAAAGGAACGAGGAAAAAGAAUCCGUCAUUGAGCUAUCUUCUCUACAGAGGCCGAUUAAGCUGUGCCAAAUACUGGGAAUAUUGACAUUGCGGGGUCAUUCAAACAGCCUUCAUCCUGAAGUAACCCACAGAUCCAACUAGUGGCCUAGGGAAAUCUGGCUCUUGCUUGGUAACUUGACACUUGGGAUCAAGUUGCAGUUUGGGAGUGACUACCAAAGCUGCCCCGUUGAUACAGUUUCACGUGUUGAGAUCUUCUCCGCAUUGGAAAUCCCACUUUGAGGGUUGAAGACUAUCUAUUGCUGUGCAUAUGCAGAGAUUCACAGCUGAGCACGAUGAGCAACACUGAGAACAUGGCACCCGCUACCACAGAUGUGUCACUGGCUGAAUCACAGAGGAAGAAGGCAAAUACGGAAGGCUCUAAUUCGCCUCCAUUGUUUCCAACCUCAGAUGUCAAGGAUUACGACUUGAGCGAGGCCGAACAACAAAUCACGGCUGCGGGCGAAGCUAAAUACAGUCGCCUGUCUUGGAAGCAGCUUACUUUGAUGCUCAUUGUCGAUGCUAUUGCAUUGGGUGCUCUUUCUAUCCCGCAGGCCUUCGCGACCCUAGGCAUGAUUGCCGGCGUUAUCUGCUGUGUCGGUAUUGGGUUGAUCGCUGUCUAUACGUCAUGGAUCAUUGGCAAGGUCAAGCUGGCCUUUCCUGCUGUGCAACAUUACGGAGAUGUUGGCGGCUUGUUGUUGGGUCGAGUCGGUUAUGAAGUCUUUUCUGCGGUGUUCGUGAUUCAGCUCAUCUUCGUCGUCGGCUCGCACUGCCUCACCGGCACGAUUGCUUUUGCUACUAUUACCGAGAGCACUAUUUGUUCUCUCGUGUUUGGUGUCGUUUCUGCCAUCAUUCUAUUUCUUCUCGCAAUUCCUUCCUCCUUUGCCGACAUCACAAUUCUCGGUUACAUUGACUUUGCCUCCAUUCUCAUCGCUAUCGGCAUCACGAUUAUCACGACAGGUAUCCAGGGAAGCAACUCACCAGGCGGCCUUGCCGCAGUCGCUUGGUCCGUCUACCCAAAGGAGAAUGUGACAUUCACUGAAGCAUAUGUCGCCAUCGGAGAUAUCGUCUUCGCAUAUUCGUUUGCCACGUGCCAAUUCUCUUUCAUGGAGGAGAUGCACACUCCGACUGAUUUUACCAAGUCAAUCUGGGUCUUGGGCUUGAUUGAAAUAAUCAUUUACACCGUCACUGGUGCUACCAUUUAUGCAUUCGUUGGACCUAAUGUGCAGUCUCCAGCUCUUCUUUCGGCCGGUACUACCGUUAGCCGAAUUGCUUUCGGUGUGGCUUUGCCGGUCAUCUUCAUCUCGGGCUCAAUCAAUGCGAUCGUCGUUGGACGAUUACUUCACACUCGAGUUUACAAGAAUAGUGUUAUUCGGUAUAUCAACACACCCAAGGGUUGGAUGACGUGGAUUCUCUUCGUGGCCGCUAUCACUAUCGUCGCCUGGAUCAUCGCUGAGGCUAUCCCGUUCUUCACGGAUCUACUCUCUAUUAUCUCGGCGCUGUUCACUUCCGGGUUCUCCUUCUAUCUACCUCCGAUCAUGUGGUUGAUACUCCUCUGCAAGGGUAAGUGGUUUUCGAAGGAAAACCUACCUUUUGCUAUUAUCAAUUUCUUGGUUUUCCUCAUGGGGCUGGCGGUGCUGGUCUGUGGGCUGUACUCGAGCAUUGACGAUAUUCGAAACUCGUACCGCACAGGGAGUGUUCAGAGUCCUUUCAGCUGUUCUCAGACGUGAUAUUCUUUUUAUCUGGAGCGGAAGCAGUUCACUUGGGAUACUGAAAAGGUCGAUACGCCCCACUGCGAAGGGGCAUAUGGUUUAUAUUCUUGUAAAAUACUUAUGUAUGAAAAAUAUCAGAGUUAUCCCCACGGAUUCUUAGAAUCGAGAAACCCAUAUCCAGUUUAAGCAACGCCAACAUAGCUAUGGUCGGAAAACGCUCUUCCGAGGGCUUUGCCGGAUGGAUAAGAGUCUGCUCUUGGUAUCAAGGACUAACUAAGUAUUCUGUGGCAGUUAGAAUGGAAUGGAAGGCCG